AAACACCGCCGCCCCUAUUUAAGGGGCCGCCGCCGAAGCGUCCCCCAACUUCUUCUUGUCCCUGCCUGGGUGCUCGGUGCUCUGCCUCGCUCCGUCCUCUAGGAUCCGACAGGUCAGCAAUGUACAGUGGUAUAUGCAUCUGCGUGUUCCUUGCUGUGCUCUCAGUGAGUUCUUUCGGACAGCAAACUGGGGGCUCACACAAUGACAACCUUCUGGCUGCUGAGCUUGAGCAGAGCUUGACAGAACAUCACCGACAUGCCCGUGCCCCUUCGUCUACUGGCCCCCUGAAAUCUGCGCCAUGGCUGGAUGGAAGCCUUGACCAAAGGGCUAGCAUUGGAGCUUUGUUGGCCAAGUACCUUCAGCAGGCCAGAAAAGGUCCCACUGGAAGGCUCUCAGUUAUGGGAAACAGGGUACAGGGUAUCGAUCCUACGCACAGGAUAAAUGACAGAGACUACAUGGGCUGGAUGGAUUUUGGACGCCGCAGUGCUGAAGAAUAUGAGUACUCCUCCUAAAGAACAGCUGACUAUAGCAACAGGAAAACAAAUCACACUCCUAUGUCUGUACAGAAAGAAAAAAUAAUUUGUUGUCCUCUUUAAAUUAGUGUUUUAAAAUAUAUCAUGUAUUCGAUGUAAAUUUGUCUGUAAGACUAUACAAUGCAAUAUAUACAUAUGCAGAAUUUUCCAGAAAAUGCUUUCUUUCUUUUGUGGUUUCUCAUACACCAAUAUUAUAUUAAAAUGAUUUCACUUAU